CUUCCUCCACUGUUAACUGUUGUAUUUUGAGCAUCCAUGUAACAUUCUUACUCUUCGUUGAACGAGACCAUAAACAACCACCAUCUAUUCCAAUUAGUUAAGAAGGAAAAAUAAGAAAAAGAAAAUAAAUAAAUAAUUACUUCAAUGUUAAACCGAUUUUGCUUUACCCGGUCUCUUCACUUCUUGACGGACAAUAUCAUUGCAAAACUCACCACCAAGAUUCAGUACCUAUGAAGCAAGAGACAUUAAAUAAAUAGCCUGUAGGAACAGUGCUAAGUCUAAAAAGCCGGCAUGCAUUUUUGGUGAAUCAUAAACGAAUCUCAUUCACUUCUUGAUACCAAUUAUAUUCUACUGAAAUUUUCUGUAGCUUUACCUUGUGGUUUGGUGGCUUUCAUGCUCCCAUUUUGAGCUUUAUGAAUACAGACUUGCCAGGGCUGCUGGUGGUGGUGGCAGUACAUAGGGCUUCUUUGUCCUGGCAUUCUACACCACUCUUUGUCAUCUUAUUGAAACUCCAACCAUUCUAAAACGGAAAAAAGAACCGUCUUUUUGGUGCUUUUUGCUUCUCACUUUUUAGCCGUAGUGGGCAUUUCAGAAACGCAUAGUUACUUUGAAGACUUUGUCCUCGCGUCCGUUGUAGGAUUGCAUUUUCUUUUUUUCUUUAAACAAGUUAAAAGAAAAACCUUCAAUUUCUGCUAAGCUAUAGAAGGUUGGAUAUAACCAAGAGAAAUAUACUUCAAUAUUGUUGUCUUCUGUUAGCUCAAAGAAGAUAAAAAUAAAACCCUUGGGUUGGUUGUGGUAAAUUCCAUCCAUUACUCCUUAUUCCAUCGUUCUCUUUUUUAUUUUUUAUUUUUUUAAAAAAGCAGUUAAUUUUAUCUGUAUAUUUCAUUGCAAUUGGAGCGGGUUUCGGUUUAUUCCUUGCAAAAGGUCAUUUACAUAAUCCAUUGCACCCGUAUUCUGCUUUCUAAUCUUUCUGGAAGAAAAUUUUGGUUGAUUAAUUUGAAAGCUAACUAAUUAAGAAAGCAAUUGAACUGGCAAUUUCGCUUUCAUUUUUUAACACGUCUUUUGGCAACGAUAGAACACGCUGUUUUUUCUCCCUCUAGAGGACUGGUUAUUACAUAUCACUUUCCAAGUUUAAAAAAUAAGCAACGAUAACUUUGCUUUACGUUUACAUUUACUUUUCUUCCCUUCACAGGAUUCUUAAACUCUGAAAAGUUGAUUCAACGUUGAGUUGUUCUCUUCGGCAAGAUUCAUACGAAGGAUAUAAAGAGAAAUUUAUUAUUAGAGUUGAUCUCUCCUUUAAGAGAUUAAUCUCAUUGUAAUACUUUGUUCUCAAAUACAUAUUCAACUCUUUGCCCAAUACGUCGUUCCCCAAUCCUUUUGGUGCUUCUUUCGGAAGCUAUUCCAACUCAGUGGUGGAUUAUUCAAACCCUUUUAUCUGGAGAAACAGGCCGAUUGUUUUAAAACUAAUUGAUACUGGGGCAAAGGACCAUUGGUUAGACAGCAUACCGAACGGAAAGGAUUCUGCGCCGACCGAUUUUGACUCUUCCGAAGAAGAAGCUGUUGAUACCAUUACUACUGCUCGUCAUUCCUUUUCUUAUCCCCUUUCUAAUUUAUCAUCCAUUCCAGUUGCGGACUUGUUACAUCCUACUGAUGAGCACGAGAUCAUGUCUUCAGAUGAACACGAGAGCAAGCCGGUUCCUGAUGACCUUGAUACUGAAGUAGAUGAUAUCGCUCAGGAAGCAAGUGGAAAUGUUAUUGAUGAAGAUGUAAAGGAGGAAGAAUAUAACGAUUCUGGUGAAAGUGAUGAAUCUGAAGAAUCUUUACCCAACCAAAAUACUCGCCGGCGUCAUCGGUCACAAUCUCUCGCUGCAAAUAAACGUAUCCACGAUGCUUUUCAACGUGACCAGGAGGAAUUUGGUAGUGACGAUUUACAACCUAGGGCUAAGCGGAGACUUAGAAAUCAUGUUGUAAGUGAUGAAGAUGAACCAUUCAUUGCUUCUGAAUCUGAAGAUUUAUCUGAUACCGAUGAUUCGCUGGUUCAGUCGGCAAGAACAAGAAGAUCACUUCGGCCGGGUACACGACGUUCCACUCGUUUGAGAACGCAGAGACCUGAUGAAGAUUCCGACGAAGAAGUUCAUCGUCCUACUCUACGUGAGCGAACUAGUCGAGUCAAUUACAGUCUCCCUCUCUCGUUUCCUCAGGUAGAAGAUCAAGAAGAUGAAGGAUCAUCUUUCAACCAAAACAGAAAGAAAAAAACACACUCUGAAGUGGCAGUAGGGAAUUUGCUACGAAACCAAGUCUCCAGUUUUAUGCCUUAUAUCGACUCUAGUGGAUCUGAGUCUGAGAGUGAUUCUGCCAAAGUAAAGCGUUCAUCCGCAAAGACCAUUAAGGCUUUAACGGACUCUACGAGUGCAGGAGGACCUCCAAAUUAUGGCCGUGUUAAAGAGAAAAAUGAUUUAGCUGAUUCUGAUCCUGUUGCCGUUGAUUCAUCUCUCUCAUUUGAGUCGGUUGGUGGUUUAGAUAACCAUGUGAAUCAACUGAAGGAAAUGGUCAUGCUUCCGUUGCUUUAUCCGGAAAUUUUUCAAACUUUCAACAUGCAACCACCACGGGGAGUGUUGUUUCAUGGACCUCCAGGUACUGGUAAAACUUUGUUGGCAAGAGCGCUGGCCGCUGCUUGCUCUUCUGAAGAUAAAAAAGUAUCGUUUUAUAUGAGAAAAGGAGCUGAUUGUUUAAGUAAAUGGGUCGGUGAAGCCGAACGUCAACUACGCCUUUUGUUUGAAGAAGCCAAAAGUACGCAGCCGAGUAUUAUUUUUUUUGAUGAAAUAGAUGGUCUUGCUCCUGUACGUUCUAGCAAGCAGGAGCAGAUACAUGCUUCAAUUGUUUCUACUCUUUUGGCCUUAAUGGACGGCAUGGACGGCCGUGGACAGGUCAUCAUUAUUGGUGCUACAAAUCGGCCAGAUGCUGUCGAUCCUGCUUUGCGAAGACCUGGUCGCUUUGACCGUGAAUUUUACUUUUCUUUACCAGAUAGAGAAGCAAGGAAGAAAAUUAUACAAAUCCAUACUCGAAGUUGGAAAACCCCUUUACCAGAAUGGCUUUGCGACUUGCUUGCCGAGCGAUCAAAAGGUUAUGGUGGUGCUGAUCUUCGUGCUCUGUGUACAGAAGCUGCUUUAAAUUCUAUAAAGCGAACUUAUCCUCAGCUUUAUAAAAGUAAUAAAAGACUGCAAUUUGAUCCUAAUACAAUCCAAGUCAAGGUAAAGGACUUUGCCCUAUCGAUGAAGCGUAUAAUUCCUUCUACAGCCCGUUCCUCGAUAGCUUUUAACAAGCCUUUACCUGUAGAGGUGAAACCUUUGUUGGAUGAUAGUUUAAAUCGGAUACUUUCAUAUCUUAGCAAACACAUGCCUAUCCCUCCGAAAGUGAAUAUUUUGGACGAAGUAAUGUAUGAUGAUCCCGGAGAAGACGAUUUUGAAUAUCAACAGAAAUUAGACCAAUUCGAAAAGUUAAGAAUUUACAAGCCAAGGGUAUUGAUUUGCGGCCAGAAAGGAUUAGGACAGGUUUCAUUAGGUCCUGCUGUUUUACAGUAUUACGAAGGCGUUCAUGUUCAGUCCUUUGAUAUGUCAGUUUUGUUACAAGACUCAACCCAAAGCAUAGAAACUUCCAUCAUACACUUAUUUACCGAAGUUCGUCGACAUACACCUAGUGUUAUUUAUAUUCCUGACGUUGAUAGCUGGCUAAACGUUCUUCCUCCUUCGGCUAGUACUACCUUUUCCUCUUUGCUCGAGCGACUAGAUUUUUCUGAUCAAAUACUAUUUCUUGCUAUUUCCACAAGUCCGAGAAAGGAUUUACACCCUCAGUUAAAGGAAUGGUUUCCGAAACAAUCGGUUAUCGAGUUGCAAUACCCUUCUCGUGAUAAAAUUGAGAAUUUCUUUCAGCCGAUUAUUGAUCUUAUUCGUACUUCGCCUCAAAAAUUACCUGGAGGACUUCCUAGGAAAAAGAGAAAACUUCCUGAAUUGCCAUUAGCACCCACUCCUGCGCCCGUGACGGGAGUUAAAACCACUUUAAAACAAACGAAACAGGCCGAUAUGCGGUUAUUAAAUAAGCUUAAAGUGAAAUUAAAUGCCCUCCUAUCCAACUUACGCACACGAUAUCGCAAGUUCAAAAAGCCUCUUAUAGACUACAACGAUAUUUUUUGCGUUGAUCCUGAAACAGGCCAUUCAUAUCGCAAACGAGAAGAUUGCAAUUUUGAAUUAGUUGACGAAGAAGUUCGUAAAAUUGACACCAAUCAAAGAUUUAGUAUGAUGAGCUUAGAAGAAAUUGAAAAACGUGUUUGGGAUAAUUGCUACUGGACUCCAAGAGACUUCGUUCGUGAUAUAAAGCUUAUUCUCCGAGAUGCUUUGCGUUUAGGUGAAAGCGAGACAGUCAAGCGUGCUCAGGAGAUGUAUGCUAAUGUCUUGCUGGGACUGGAAGACAUGGAUGAUGAACAAUUUUCUCAAAGAUGUGAGCGUAUGGCAGUACGCGAAGAAGAGCGGAGGCAAUUAAGAGAGAAUAAGUUAAAAAAGCAUUUGGAUGCCACGAAAGCUACUAUGCAACUUCCUGAAGACCAACAAGAGCAGAAAAUGGAAGAUUCUGCUGAAAUAAAUGAUUCGACGGAAGAACCACCUGACAUGUUGACAGAGACCUUAACCCAUAUGCCAAUGGAUUCUAUGUCUAAGGAUGAGGUGACGGGUCCUCCUCCUCAAGGUAAUUAUUUAGAGCCUCCGGUUAUGUCGGUUCCUAACUCAUUUAUUGAAAAAACCGAGGAAGAUAAAGCUUCUCAAGAAAAUAUGUCGGAGAAUAACGGACAUUCGAAUGGAGAUGCGCUAAGUAAUGGCACCUCGGCUAAGAAUUUUUCAAAGCCAAAUGGGUUUACCGAACAUAAUGAUAAUGUAAUGCACGAUGAGAAGUCUGAAGUGGAAGACACUUAUGAGGAGGAAAAGUUACCAGAGUUGGUACUUGACGAACGAAAACUAUUGAAUUUGAAAGAUUUGUUUUUGGACAGAUCUGAGGAUUUGACAGUCGAAGAACUGGUGCAAUUACAUGCAGCGUUGUAUAGAAUAAUUUGGGAUACGAAGAGUAGUUGGGAUAGAAAUUCCGUCAUUGACAGGUGUACAAAAGCUUUGAUAGAGCUUACGGAUAAUGACCUAGAGUUCGACACUUAAUGAUCUACUAAUGUCAUUUAUAAAAUGAAACCUUAAUGUCAUUUUUGUUCGUCUUCAGAAGUUAUGCUAAAUAAAUAUGAUAAGGAAGGCAUGAAAAUUAAAAUUUAUGUUACUAUUAAUAAGUAAAUAUGAAGCAUCACAUAAUUUUCGAAGUCUCCGCAAAAGUUUCGAAAAUGAGUAAGUUUUUUGGCGGAUUCAGGGUACUACGGUGUCGGUGAAGUGUA